GUUUCGUCCUAGUAUGGGACUCCUCGGCAGUGCGCGUGCAUGGUCCCGCCUUGCGAGUGUCGAACCCAGGACCUCUCAGUCUCGCGCGCGAGCACUUAACCACUGCUGAGGAUUCCCAUACUAGGACGAAGCGGUCGUUCAGUGCUUCCAGGUUUUCUAUGUAGGUCUAACUUGAAUUGACUCAUGAAUUCAACAAUUAAAUUAACAUUUUACUGAUACUUAACAGGCUUAUUUCAAUUUCUCGAUUUUUAGGUUUCAUUUGAAAGGGAAAAUAUUUUUAAUAUAAUAAACUGAUCUGUUUCUAAGAUAAAGUUGUGAACUAAUGUAGCAAUUAAGUAACUUUUUUGAGAUGCUGUAUAUUGUAUCGUUUUGUUGAUUGAUUUUUAGUUCACCAACAAAAUCUAUAGAUUUGUCAAGACUAUCUGACUAAACGCAUAUACGACAAGGUCACAUUAUUCAUGUUGUUGGAAGACCCAACAUGUUCAUUUGUUUGAAACAGGUUGUUUCCCCUCCAUCCCUUUUACAUAUUUCCUCCUAGAUUAGUGUGUCUAUCUUCUCAAAAUGUAUUAUAUAGGCUGUGUGGAGAUGUCUUUUAUAGUCCAAUAGGAAUCAUUUAGUCACCUUCACCGUAUUUAAAUGUCUAGUCCAUACGUGUGUGUGUAUAUAUAUAGUGGUUUUUGGAUAUGUAUUUAAUAGCACGCUUCGUCAAUGGGGAAAGGUUCCAUACUAUCCCUGAGAUAUAUUUAUGGCAGACGAAGUCUAAUUAUUUUGUAGCUUGAGAAUUGAUGUUUCCACUGGUAUCAUCAAUGUAAAUGUUAGAGUCGCACUUUUGUCAAAUUCAACCGACUUCAUCAUACUGUACAUUUCCAUUCCACCUACAGUAAUCAUAACAUCGUCCUCUCAUAGCGGCCCAGAUUUCUCACGUUUAUCAUCAAUUACCUCCUUAAAAUUACCGGAUUGUACAAAUAUUACUCAUUUGAAUGAUAAACUAUUUGGACUGCUUAAACAUCAAUUAAACUGCUUUAUUAUUAAAUCAGUAAUUAAUCAACGAUGACCAAUCAGUAUUAUUAGCAUUAAACAGUAUUCUUUCUACCCGUCAAUAUACUAUUGUAAGUUACAUGCAUUCUGUCACUGAAAUAAAUAGUUCUGCCGAGAUUUUCACUUAUUUGUCAACAUUGAAAUCAACGUCCACCGUCUCUUCUUCGUCAUUAUCAUCCCCUUCAGAGACAAAUUUAAAUAACAGUGAUCCGCAUAAAUUUUGCUCAGAUGAAAGUUAUCCACCAUCAUCUGAGAUUUUCAAUUCAAUCUUAAAUAACACACUGUCGUUGUCUCUUACUAGUCAUAGGAAUUAUGUAAAUAAAAUAUCAUCAUCUCAAUAUAAUAAUGGCAACUCAGAAUGUUUAAUCCAUCAUGACCAUACCCCACAACUACAUCAAAAUUACAUAGAAUUUGUCGAAGACCAUUAUGGAUUUUAUUGUAUCUGUCAUAAUUGCGAAAUAAAUCAUUCGAUAGACCCAAUCAAUACUUCAUUUGUUAUUAAUGGUGAGGAGAAAACAUUGUCACAAUCAAUAGUUUCCUCAAAAUUAUCAUCAACUGGACUAGCCUACUUAUCAGUCUCAACACAAUUAAAUAGUAAUAAUAUUAACGACGAAGAACAACGGGGAACUAUAGAACAAACAAAAACUUUUUUAAAACGUUUUCAAAAUUUCAUUACACAUUCAGUAAGAAGAAAAUCGAAUCGAUCAUUAAAAAAUCAUAAUAAGAAUAUCGGUACUUGUGAUGAUUAUAAUAGUUUUUAUACCAUAGAAGGUUCUAUUGUAAAUAAAUCUCAUUUAAUAGGUUAUCAUAAAAAACGUAGUAAAUCAUUACGUACUAUAUCGCAUUGUGUACAGUCGAUCACAUCACCAUCGAAACGCUCAUUAAAUAAUAAUAAUAAUAAUAAUAAUAAUAAUAAUAAUAAUAAUAACAAUAAUAAUAAUAAUAAUAAUAACAGUGGUAUACAACAAAAACCUGAUAGAAUAAAAAUGCCCCAUUGUUUGCAUGAUGAUAUACACUCUGACAAAUAUUCUACACAUUCUAAUACCGAAAAGCCGACAUGCUACCACUUUGGGUUAGUGAGUAGAGCAGUGGAGAAGUUUAUUUCAAAUUUGAACCAAGCAUUGGAUUGUUUAGUUGAUAAUAGGAAUACUACUACUAAUACAUUUGUUAAUAGUAAUUGUAACCCAUUACAUCAUUUGUAUGGACCAUUUAAGCAAUUACUGAUGGAAUUAGCCAUUGUUUUGCAAUGUAAACAAUUUAACAGAGAUUUUGUUAAAUGUGAAGGUCAUCGUAAACUCUUCCAACUUGUUGAAUGCAUUGAUAAACUGGAUAAAAAGUUUCAUGAUGAAAUUUGGUCAUAUCUCUUAUCCUGUCUAAUUGAAUUAUCCAAUUAUGCUAUAACUAAUCGAUUUACUAUUAGUAAUAAUGCUCUGAAUAACGAUAAUAAUAAUAAUAAUAAUAAUAAUAAUAGUAAUAAUAAUAAUAAUAAUAUAAAGUUAUAUCCUCAUGAAGUUUGUUUUACACAAGAAAAUAAUGAUUCUAAAAAGUAUUUAUCUGAAGACAUGUUAAUUCAACAAGAUGAAAAUAUUAACCAAAUCCAGUACUCAUCAACAAUUCUACCAAUGAAGAAUGUUUAUGGAAUAGAAGAGUUUUUCAGUUGGCAAUUAGUAUCAGAUGGAUUUUUAUCUGUGUUUUUUUCUUUUCUUCCAUUUAUUCAAAUUAAUAUUUUACUAUUUAGUCCUGUACAUAUUCAAUAUGUUACUAAACAAACAGAACAAGGAUUUGUAUUGGAUUUAUUAAAAAUAAUUCAAUCAAACAUUGUUGGUUAUAAAUCUACUGUGAAUUAUAAUUCAAUCCGUUUGGAAACAUUACGAUGUGAAAUACAAAAUCUUAUUAUGCAAUUUUUGUAUGUUAUAUUUUAUUAUGGGAAACAACAAGGUCAUUUGAUAUGCUUAAUACAUCAGUUUUUUGAAAAUAUACAAUUUACUGAAUGGAUUCCAGAAUUACGCGAUCGUUCACUUUGGGAAUUAAUAAUCAAUUCAUAUUAUCGAAAGAAAUAUCAUUUUGAUUAUUCAAUGAUGGAAACAUUUAGCUCAUGUUUACCAUCAUCUGAUGAUAAUUCUGAAAAUACUGUGGUGUUAAAUUUUUUAAAAGAUUUUUCAAAUUUUCUUGAAAAUGAUGCAUUAUGUAAAACAGAAUGCUUCCAGAGUAAUAAUGACAAUAAUAAUAUGAAUAUUUACAGUCCCAGUAUUGAUAAUGUUGAACAAGAACCACAUCAACGUAUAUUAUCACACCGAUUGAGUAAUAAUAGCAGUACUACUAAUACUACUAAUAAUGGUUAUAACAUUAAACAAUCCAGUAUCCAAUUACUAAUUUCAGUAUGUCGAGUACAACAACUAAUUAAUAGUUUAUUAUUAACCAGAAUGAAAACGCCAUUGGCUCGUACAUCCGAAGAAACCGUUGAAAAAAUGAAACAACUAUGUUCAGCAGUGUAUUUUGAUAAGUAUACAAUUAAUCCAACUGAACAAUGUAUUGAAGAAGCGUGUAUUAAACUAGGUUUCAAGAUACCAACUGAUCCAUAUGCUGAUUUUGAAAAACCACCAGGUACACUUGGAUUUCAAUGUAUUUAUAAUUAUAUAAUGAAAAAUAGAAAUAAGGUUAUUGAUAUGCUUAAUUAUGCUUACCCAUGUCAAAAAAAUUCCUAUCAAACCAAUAACACCACUAAUAAUCAUUGUAAAUUGUAUCAUUUAUCAGAACUCAAUAUAUUAUCUUCUUUGAAUGUGAAUAGCAAUAAUGAUAAUAUUAAUGUGAAUGAAAUGAGUAGUAAGUCGUCACAACGUGUUCAACGUCAUUUUUCCACUGUUGAUUCAAAUUCUAUUCAAAAUAUAUUACAUACUACUCAUUUACAUGAUGAUAGUAUACAAAAUCAACGUAAUAAUUUUAUUGGACGACGAUUUACAUUGGAUUCAUUAAUAGCAACGUCUAAUUUAUCACAAUCAUUUAAACCAAUGAAAGAGUAUUAUAGUCAUAGUAGUUUUUCAUGUAAUUAUUCCAUUUCAUCAUCUUCUUCGACAGUUUCAUCAUUGAUUGAUAAGAAGCCAUUAUUUCCAAUUAUUGAAGCUGCUAAUGCUGUGACAAGUAUGCUGUGUGAAUUGCUUUCAACUAAUGAUACAAGUCAUGAACCAAAUAUUAUCAUAGAACAAGAUGAUAAGGAUUUUUAUCUUUCAUCGCCGUUAUAUCCAAUUUUACUUAAUAAAUCAAAUAAUAAUACUAAUCAUUAUCAAAGUAAUUUAUCAUCAUUUGAAGAUAUAUUCGAUUGUGUUUUUUCAAAAUUUUUCUCUUCCUGGACUCAAAUGAAAGCUGUUCCAGAAGAUUUGAUUGCAAUUUUAUGCGUGGUACGAGAGCAGAUAAAUCGUAUUUUGAAAACCAUUCCUAUUUCACUUGAAGAAUUUGAAAAUUCUCUGAUAAAAUUUAAUCCAUAUGAUGUACCAUCUAUGUGGUCGAAACGGGAGAAUCGUCUACGUGUAGAUAUGUUACAUAAUCACCCGGCAUUAAUAGAAUUACGUAACGAUGUAAGGAAACGUCAUCAAGGACAUGUAUAUGAGAAUCGUUUAAAUAUUUUGUCAAAUUCAGCACCUUUAGAAUAUAUCCCAUCAAAAGGAUCGAAAUUAUGUAGUAAAGACAAUCAAUCAUUCACUGUACUCUUGUCACCUGAUCGCAAGUCGCUUCUUAUAAGAGACACAAACCAGAACAUAAGAGAAAUAUGGCAACUAAACUGUAUUAGUCGAGUAUCUUUGGGUAUAACUGAGAAAGUGAAAAAAAAUCCGGAACGUACAUUACUCUUUCAAGUGGAAUUAUCCGAUAUCCCAAACCAAGAUGAUCCCAAUGAAUCGACAAGUAAUAAAUCACGUUGUUUUCGAGUUAUUUUACUAGCCAGAUCAAUAAUUGAAUAUAAUUAUUGGUUAGAUGGAUUAUUUUUAUUAAAUAAAUUAAAUAAUCCAAGUGAUUAUUACAAUGAAGAUGUGGAGCGUUUAACUGAACUAGACAUGUGUAUACGUCUUUCAAGUUUAGAUUUAAAUCAGUUGCCAAAAAGAGAAAUCUCCAUGCCUACAGAUCCACCACCACCUUUGGAUUUUAUUUAA